GCCACUGCGGUGUUAUUUUACAGAAAACAGAGAGAGCCAGUUUAAACUCGCCGUCUACACAGCACCUCUCAACUCUUUAUUUUCCUAUCCUGCUGCUGCUGUGUGGAAACCAUCCGGAAGAGAUCGCAUUACUUGAACAGCAGAUCUGGACCUGAUAAGUAAACUGAAGUGAGGCAUCAGAGGUCCAGGAGGGGUCACAGGGCAGUCUACUGAUGUCAGGCCAAAUCAGGUCUGCCAGUUAUACGGACUGCCGGGUCACAGAGGAAUGCCAUGUUCCUGCUGACGUGGAGCUGAUGGAGAUUGGUCCCCUGCUGGAAGAGAGUGGCCCUGUAGGAGCCAAAGGACUCCAGGCAGAGGGAGCCAACGGUCCUGUAGAUGAUGAAGAGGAGGAGGAGGAUGUUGGAGAUGUUCUGACAUUACCACUGCAGGCGCACCAUGCCAUGGAGAAGAUGGAGGAGUUUGUGCAUAAGGUGUGGGAAGGUCGCUGGAGGGUCAUUCCCUUUCACGUCCUACCGGAGUGGUUAAAAGACAAUGACUACCUCCUGCAUGGUCAUCGGCCUCCAAUGCCUUCCUUCCGUGCCUGCUUUGGGAGCAUUUUCAGGAUUCACACAGAGACCGGGAAUAUCUGGACUCAUUUGUUGGGUUUAAUCUUAUUCUUGUGCCUGGGCACACUUACAUUGCUGAGACCCAACAUGUACUUCAUGGCCCCCUUGCAGGAGAAGGUUGUGUUUGGCAUGUUUUUCUUGGGUGCUGUACUGUGCCUCAGCUUCUCCUGGCUUUUUCACACCGUCUACUGCCAUUCUGAGAAAGUGUCUCGCACGUUCUCCAAACUAGACUACUCUGGCAUUGCUCUGCUGAUCAUGGGCUCUUUUGUGCCCUGGCUUUACUACUCGUUUUACUGUUCGCCUCAGCCGCGUCUCAUCUACCUCACAGUCGUCUGUGUUCUGGGCAUUGCAGCCAUAGUCGUCGCCCAGUGGGACCGCUUUUCCACUCCCCGCCACAGACCCACCAGAGCAGGAGUUUUCAUGGGUCUUGGAUUGAGCGGGAUUGUCCCCACCAUGCACUUCACCAUCGAGGAGGGUUUCGUCAAGGCCACUACAGUUGGACAGAUGGGCUGGUUCUAUUUAAUGGGUGCAAUGUACAUCACAGGUGCCGGGCUAUAUGCUGCACGAAUCCCUGAGCGCUAUUUCCCGGGCAAGUGUGAUAUUUGGUUUCAUUCGCACCAAAUAUUUCAUGUUCUGGUGGUGGCAGCAGCCUUUAUUCAUUUCUAUGGCGUCUCCAACCUGCAGGAGUUUCGCUAUGGCCUGGAGGGAGGCUGCACAGAUGAUUCUCUUCUCUGAAAGCUGUAACCUACAUACUUCAAACCCAUUCCUUAUGAUUUAUCAUUUCAUUUACUAGAUGAUUGUUGUUGUUUUAGUUUUUAUUUUAUGUUUAUCUGAUUUAUUUGGCUUUUAUUCCUCAUUUCUUACUGUUACGGUUUAUAAGCAAUGCAUAGAUGUGAGGUUUAUCAUCAUUUGUCUAAUGACAAAGCAAUUCAGGAUCUCUUCAGGAUGAGUACUUUAUUUGAUAAAAGUGUAUGUGUGUGUGUGAGAUUAAAGGGCACCGUAGGCUGAAUAAGUAAUUUAUGGCUGGAUUGUGACCCUUGUCAUUUAAUCUUAAUUUGAGCACAAUCUUUUGGGUUUAACAUGUUACUUUUGAAGUGAAAAGCACUUUUCUAAAAGUUGUAGAGAAGCUCCCCUAUAACGCAACGCAUCAAGGUUUUUGAACCAAAAGAUCAUUCUUGACACCAUUUGAUGCACACCCCAAGUGUUGCCCUGAACUUCACUGAUGGACAUUGUUUCUGUCAUUAGUUUCAUAUAGACUGUAAAACGCACAAAGAGCAACUGGGUUUAAGGGGUUUAGGUAAAGUCUACAUAUUUAGAACAUGAACAAUUUCUUUAUGUAACCUUCUAGGUCAAACAAAAAAGUAAACAGGUCAACUGUUGCACCUUACAGCACAGAUAUUGAAUACCAAUGUUAUAAAGCUACUGCAUAGAUACCUCUGUGCAGUCUGUAGAGUUGAAACUUUCCUGUAAAGUAUGAAAUUAUUCCUGUGCCUUAGGCCACUGGAAAUAGAUUUAAAUAGAUGGGCCAAAACUACAGUGUAGUAAAUUUCAUCAGUCACAAAUAAAACUAGUAAUAUUACUUCGCAAGCAAUUCAAUCAAAUUAUAUAGAAAGAUUGACCUUUCUUUAUUAUCCUUCUCAGACUGCAGUUUGUAUAAAGUAGUGUUCGAUUCUUUUUAAAGAUAUAAGCUUAUUGUGUGGCUCUACCACAAUGACUAAACUAUCCAUAUAUUCAUGUGUUAUGUGUAGAGUUGUUAAAUCAUUUACAUUUAACUGAAAUGUGAAAUGUUUAAUAAAUAUUUAUGGAUCUUA